CAGCGAGGGCGGUCAUGCUGCAGCACGGGACCCGACAGAACGUGGAGCGAUAUAGAAGAACGUGGAAACAACAGACCCGUUUCUUCCGGGAGUAAAUGCGCCGCCAGGCAGAAGCGGAAUGUGAACAAAUGGAACUGCUGUUCUGGUCACAAGAAACGCGGAUGUUCUAUCAGAAGCUCAACGCAUCUUGCAAAACCCUUGUGCCACGAGCAGAAAUGUGCAGGGAUAAGAACGGUAGCAUCUUGACUGACGGACGUGAGUGUGAUGACCACUAUUAGCGUGAUGAAAUGAGUGACCUACGACUACUCGUUUAGAGAUAGCCGAUCAGAAAUAAUAAAGUCAGUUGUUUGCUGAAGCGUGCAUCGUAAGCAUCUCGGUCUUCUGAAUGGUAUAUAAUCCGAACCGUCUAAACUAGAAUACCUAGAUAUAAUAGCUGGCGGCGAGGUGAAAAUCGAGUUGGGUUUUAGUGAUUUGCUAAAAGUGUGGUUUGAUUAAGCAACACAAUAAACCGUUGUGGACAUAUAUCACCUGACGAUCAUCUCAAUUUUGGUGAUUCUUGACGGUGUAGUGAUUUGGUUUGCAUGCCUAGGACCGUUUGCAUGUAAUUGGAAUAAAACAAUAAAAGUAGAGGUUUGGUUGUUUUGUUCAACAGAAAGUGCUUGAAACACAAUAGUGUACAACCCGCCAUCGUACUGUUUGUCUAUAGUUUGGUUUGGCGCGGUAAGACGACAAGUGACGAAUAGUGAUCAAUAUAAGUCACAGACAUUUUUGCGUGUGGUUGGUGCUAGCAGCCAUCUAUUCUUCGGUUUGUAUUGCGCUGUGGAUAUUUUUUUCAACCUGCUAUUUGUCCUGCUGAGUCAUCUAUCCACCAGGUACGUUUAUGUGUUCAGUGUCGUUUGUUUGUUACGAUAAUUGGGUUUUGUUUGACAAAAGUAUAUUACGAAGUUUUAGAGAGGUUUUGCAGGUAUUGAUGAAACUGUUUAAUUUUUUUUCUUUGGUCGAGUAGUUUGAUUUAAAAAUUAGUUACCUAAAAUCCGAAAUUUGGCUACUACAAGUGUUUGAAUUUUUGCGUUUUUGAUUUUUUUUUCCGUUUUAAAGUAAAUAUGCCUAUUGUCAGUAACAUCGAGCCGUACCAUCCAGGUGGGAGUAUACCCUUCUCCCAAUAUUUAGAACAGUUGGAGAUAAUGUUCGACCACCAGAAGGUUGCAGAGGCGGAAAGAAAAAUCAGCUUCCUGGCAGCUUGUAGUACGGAGGUAUACAGUGAGUUAAAGCUGUUGUUCCCCGGCAAAAAUGUGAGGGAAUUAGAGUUGAAGGAAAUGACUGAUGCAUUAAAAAAACGUUUUGACCAAACCGAAAAUGACCUGGUGCAGCGGAUUAGGUUCUAUGCUCGGGUUCAAAAGCCCAAUGAGCGCGCCGUAGAUUUUGUUCUGGCUGUGAAGCAACUAGCCGAGUUUUGCAACUUCGGCAACUUUAAAGACACAGCGAUACGUGACAAAUUGCUUUGUAGUAUACAAAGUAAGCAACUACAGGAAAGAUUACUGGACGAGGACGACUUGACUUUGGCUAAAACUGAACGCAUAAUCAUCAAUCGAGAGCAAGCAAAUCAGCGAGCUUCACUAAUUAGCGAAGAACAGCCUAGGGUUAGCGUGGUUGAACGCCUUGGUAGGAAGAAGGUAGAAUUCCGUCGUGAUUCAACUCCACCGCCUAUGAGAUCUAGAGGUAGGAGUCCGGACAGGAGCAGAGAAUAUCGAGGACGUGCUGGUAGCUGGAGCCGUAGUCGUAGUCGUAGCAGGUCGGAUUCAAGAAAGCGUGGCGGAAGAACUUUCUUCUGCAAUUACUGCAGGCGGAAGGGCCAUACUAGAAAGUAUUGCUUCGACUUGAAGCACCAGAAGCAGUCCAUAAAAUCGGUUGCUGUUGACAGCAAGAAACCGAACUUAAACGAGAGGCUGAGAAGAGCGAGAGAUGAUGAUUCUUUUUCAGACAACGAAAGGAUGGACGUUUUGAUGGUUUCUGCAAGCAAGCGAACUAGUCAGCCGUGCAUGAUUGACCCGGUCAUUAAUAACCAGAUUUUGCGUAUGGAAAUAGACAGUGGGUCCGCUGUUUCCGUUAUAAGUAGAACAACUUACGAGCGAUCCUUUAGAAGCAAGCCUUUGUCUAACUGCUCAAUCGAACUAGCUGUUGUCGAUGGUGCUCCUCUAGCCGUUGCCGGAAAAUUUGUUGCAGAGGUUACCACAAACGGGUUGCGCAAGAAGUUGCCAUUGGUAGUUGUAGAAAGCAGGAAGGAUUUCAUCCCGUUGUUCGGCAGAGACUGGCUGGACGUUUUCUUCCCAACAUGGCGUGGAGCUUUUCGUCCGUUAACGGUGAAUCGCGUAGAGGCAUCGGAAGAAGAAGUCGUUAUAGAGGAUGUUAAGGAUAUCUGUUGGUGGUAGGACGUAUACUGCUCAUCGCGAACAGUUGAAGUUUAAGGUCAAAAGGCCCAAUUUAUUUGUUUGCGAUUGGAAAGAGAGCAGAAAACGUCCUAGGGAGGAAGACGGUGAUGAUAGUGAUGACCCGGACAGCAGUGACGUAUACGGUUUCGUAGCAGAUUCGUUUUUGUUUAAUCCGCAAGCGCAAUCCGACAGUAGUUUGUUAGAAUCGAGCAUGCAUGGCAGUAGUUUGCCAUUACUGCCGUUUUCAGACGGGAGUUUAAACAGUAACAACCCCGUUCCGACGAUCGUUGCCGAUGAUCCAGCAUCAUCCACGAGGGCGAAGCGUUCUGACAUCGUCGCGUGUCCGAAUCGAAGGCGUUCUACUGAAUUUGUGCAAUCGAACGGAAGUAGCACUUGUGAUUCAUUCAGAAAAGUCAGUGAGCUGCAAUCGCAUAAUAAUGAAGUCGAACAGCGGCAAGAAAUUAUUCGAAAUGAAGUCGUUGGUCAUCGAGAAGGUACAAGAAUCAGGAGGUCUCAUCGAACAAAGCGAUUCAAAAGAGAUUCUAAUUAUUUGUAUUAUUAAGUUGAAUUAUAUUCAGUCGGAUUAUAUUUAAGCUUUCGAAGUGAAUUAUCAUAAAUGUUAAAUUUGACCUGAAUUUAUUGUAUAUUGGUUUAAUCUUAAGGAGGAAGAACUGUGAUGACCACUAUUAGCGUGAUGAAAUGAGUGACCUACGACUACUCGUUUAGAGAUAGCCGAUCAGAAAUAAUAAAGUCAGUUGUUUGCUGAAGCGUGCAUCGUAAGCAUCUCGGUCUUCUGAAUGGUAUAUAAUCCGAACCGUCUAAACUAGAAUACCUAGAUAUA